CAUCCCGGUACCAGAAUGAAUGGAGAUCAGAAAUCAGUUUUUGCCCAAGAGAAGCAAAACUUUGUCCAGCAUUUCUCUCAGAUUGUAAAGAUCCUGACAGAAGAUGGGAUAGAGCAUCCUGAGGUGGGAGAUGUCAUGGCCAGGCUCAAGGAGAUCCUAGAGUACAAUGCCAUCGGGGGAAAAUACAACUGAGGCUUGUCAGUGCUCAUGGUAUUCCGGGAGCUAGUGGAACCCCGAAAGCAGGAUGCCGACAGUCUGCAGAGAGCACUGGCAGUGGGCUGGUGUGUGGAGCUGCUCCAGGCUUUCUUCCUAGUAACAGAUGACAUCAUGGAUGCUUCUCUUACCCGCCGGGGACAGACAUGCUGGUAUAAGAAACCCGACAUUGGCUUGGAUGCCAUCAAUGAUGCCAUGUUGUUGGAAGCCUGUGUCUACCGCCUGCUGAAGCACUACUGCCGUGGGCAGCCCUAUUACCUGAACCUCAUUGAACUCUUCCUACAGAGCACUUAUCAGACCGAGAUUGGCCAAACCCUUGAUCUUAUCACAGCCCCUCAGAGCAAGGUUGAUCUUACCAAAUUUACAGAGCAGAGAUAUAAGACCAUCGUCAAAUACAAGAUGGCUUUCUACUCCUUUUACUUACCAUUUGCUGCUGCUAUGUUCAUGGCAGGAAUAGAUGGGGAAAAAGAACACGCCAGCGCCAAGAGCAUCCUUCUGGAAAUGGGGGAAUUUUUUCAAAUUCAGGAUGAUUACCUUGACCUUUUCGGUGACCCCAGUGUGACUGGCAAAAUUGGCACUGACAUCCGGGACAACAAAUGCAGCUGGCUGGUGGUGAAGUGCCUUCAGCUUGCAUCGUCUGAGCAAAGAAAGAUGUUGAAGGAGAAUUAUGGACAGAACGAUCCAGAGAAGGUUGCUAAAGUGAAGGAACUCUAUGAGAAACUUGAAUUGCCUGCUCUUUUCACCAAGUUUGAGGAAGAAAGUUACAGUAGACUGAUGGGGCUCAUUGAGAAGCAUUCGUCCCCCCUGCCCCCAUCUAUCUUCCUGGAAAUGGCAAAGAAGAUCUAUAAACGUCAGAAGUGACCAAGGAGUUGGACAUAAGUGUGUGUGUGGGGGGGGGAGGGUGGUCUAGGAGGGCAGGGUAAGGCACCUUGGGUGUUGUUGGGAGAGGAUGUACUCUCAAUAAAAUAAAAAUAAAUUAUG